AUGUUAACACACAAGCCACACUUAGAUCCAACACUUAUGGGAGAAGCAAAAAUUUUAGUGGAAGUUGAGUUGGAUAAACCAUUCCCAAAGCUAAUUGCUCUUGAUGACAAGCAAGGCAAUAUUUUUUUAGUAGAGGUUGAAUACUCUUGGAUUCCUACCGCUUGUGAUAGAUGUGGAGCAUUAGGCCAUAAGGAGAAAAUGUGCCUACAGCUUCCUAAUCCUCGUGAUGCUGCUCCUGUUACUAAGGAACCUCUUGACAGUAAUGAAGAGAUCCCGGUGGUUGAUAUAGUUACUUUGGUACAGAACUCAGCCAAUACACUUGUGGACCAUUUGGACCGUAAAUCAUGCUCCCCAUCUGCUCACCAAGCGCAUGAGACUCUAGGAGAGUCUUCGAUUGCAACACCUUCCGAGGUGGCUAUUGCCACUCCAUUCACCGAAUCACAUGAGGUACAUUCUACUUCUUGCUCAGAGAUUGAUGUCACUAUCCCUACAUUAGCAGAAGCAAGUGUUGCUCUCUCUUAUUCACCUAUUAUGGAAGUCAUUCCAUCACAAUCUAUCAUUUCAAAGGACCCUGAAUCUUUUAUAAAUGAGCAACAAAUUGUCCACACAGCUCAACACACCCACAUUCCACAACAAUUCUAUAGGGAACCGGAGACCCCGAUAACUUAUGAGAAAGGAUCUGGUUUUGAGGUGGUUGGUGCGUCCUCAAGUUAUAAUACAACUAGAGGUGGGAGGGCAAUAAAACCAACACAAAAAAUGCAAGAAAUGGAAUGGACGAACGUCGGUGGAAGAGGUAAAAAAGGUCAUCGUGGCCGAGGUUACAACAACCACUAG